UUUUGCAGCCAGCACUAAAAUAAUUGUUUUGCGGCCUGCCAAAAAGAAAAUUUGUUUGAUUUGUUUUAAAAGAGAUGGAGGCUAUUUUAAAUACGCAGUUCCAGCAACUGGAAGAUAUCAUCGGGGAAAUAUUAAAGGUCAAGAAGAGCGGCCACAACUCGGAGACAUUGCGCACUGCGGCGGCUUUAAAAUUUGUUGCAUUAAAGCAUGCCAAUCGGGAAGUGAAACAUAAAAUAAAGUCUGGACGGGAUAACCUACACUUGGAGAAAUGUAAAGUGGACAUAAGUCGCUUGCAAUUGCAAAAUCUUCUGUACGAAGUGAGCCACUUGAAAAAGGACAUUGUCCGUUGCGAGAAAUUCAAGAGUCGUGACUCCGACUUGGAUCUGCUUCCCGAUAACGAGUAUGCUACCAAGCUGCCUAACAUUGCAGAUAGUAAAGCUGAGCCAGAAUCCAAGCACCUCAAACACUUGCAGCGCUUAGAGUGUGAACUGCGUCUAAGGAAAGAUCUGGAUAAACAGUAUAGCUUCUUGUUGAGCUCCAAACAGGAGCUGCUGCAAGAGAAUCUUAACCAAAAUCAGAGAUACGUUUCGUUCGCCCCAGCUCUACGCACACUGAAGGGUGCCACGAAGCCGCUGCAUGAUGCACUGCAGCUAUCUCUCGACGUUGAAUGGAAGCUUAGCGCUGUGGUCAAAUAUCUGCCCAAGCCACUUUACAUAUUGUUUAUCAACCUGCAAAGCCUCCAGCGGGCGAGCGAUGAGCCAUCCUUCAAUGCGGAAGUGGUAGGAUAUGAAAGCGAAGCUCAAAUGCAGGAGUUGACAAACCUGAAGCAAAGUCCAACAGCAAGGCGCGAUUAUUCUGAAAAGGAUAUUGAUUUGUCCCGGAAAGCUUCGUCUGUGGAAAAUCCAUUGGACAAGGCUUUAAAUCCUCAUCCUCUGCACAUUCGUGUUACGCUUGGCGCUAGUGGCUCGAUUCAACUGGUGUUGCUUAUUCGCUAUUUCGAUCUACUUAAAUGUACCACAGUCUGGCCCCAAUUGAGUGUUUCCAACAACACAAACCAUCAAGGUGAUACCAAUUUCGUUCAGCAUCUCCUUCGGCAUUUGUUUGCAAACGAUUUGGGCAAUGAAAUACCCAUACCCGGCAUCCAAUAUGAUUUGCAGAACAAGGAUCUGACACCCGAGCAGUGCAUACGUUAUCUAGAGUCCAAGGACUUUGGUAAGGCAUAUUGUUGGCUACAGAGCAUGUGCUCCAUACCAACAGUCGACAGUUCGAUGUUGUACAAGCAUGAGCUGAACCUCAACAAAAGCAUGCGGGAGAUCAUCGCUCGCAUUACGCGUCGUUGGAACGCCUGGUUAAAGCUAAGUCAGCAAAUACGUGGCCUGACCAACAAGGAUAUCGAUUUGUUCACCCUCAAGGAGAAUGUCUAUCCUGCGGCCUUGUCUUGCAGCCUCGUGCAGUGGACGGCGAUCACUCUCGAGGAAUUCCUAGCGCAAAAUUCUGACGUACUAAACAUUUCGCCAGACGAUAAGGGCAUUACAUAUAAUUCCUAUCGCGCCGUGAUUGUGCGAGGCUCUGCCAAGAUGGAGUGUUUCAUUCGUAUACCGAGCAACUAUCCACUGGAAAUGCCUCUCUGGAUAUUGAGCGUGCAUUGGAACGGUCGCCACACAUCGCAGAAUAAUUCAGCCAUCAAGAUGAUGGAAUACUGGACAAACUCCCUGCAGCCCAAACAGUUGGAAGCAAACGAUCGUUUUCUCUACGCUCAGCUUUUCCGUACCAUUUAUAGUUUCGACAUCUUCCUGGAGACAGAGGGCUCGAUGCAGACCAACAUAGAGUACAACAAGGAAAAGCCUUAUAUAAGUGCGUUCGCCAAACGAUCCCGAUUGCGUCCAUAUAAGUACAUAAAAAAGGGUUCCGUAUACGCAUUCAAGCAGUAAAUGAAUCACUCAAGAUAGAUUUUGGAAAUGAUUUUGUACAAAAACAGAAACUAAAAUGCAGUUACUAAA